CUCGAAUGCCUUGAAUGACACCAAGGGCGAAUUCACUUGGGUGGGAUCUGCUUACACGUUGAGCAGCACAGCUUUCAUUCCCCUAAGCGGGAGCCUUUCAGAGGCUUUUGGAAGACGACCGGUGAUCUUGACAUGUAUUGCUUUUUUUGCUCUUGGGAGCGCAUUGGCUGGUGCAGCUCAAGACAUGAAUAUGAUGAUUGCUGCACGAACCAUUCAAGGCAUUGGAGGCGGAGGGAUCAUCAAUCUGACCGAAAUCGUCGUUGCAGAUCUCGUGCCGCUCGCUGAGCGGGGAUUGUAUCAAGGUCUUAUUGGUCUCGUCUGGUCUUUCGCCUCUAGCAUCGGCCCUCCCAUCGGCGGGGCACUGGCGAAUCGCGGCCACAAAGCAUGGCGCUGGCUGUUUUUCCUCAACUUGCCGCUCACAGGCAUCGCAUUUGUGCUCACGCUGUUCUUCUUGCGAGUCAAACGACCUGAAGGCUCGACUUCUGAAAAACUUCGGCAGGUAGACUGGCUCGGGAAUGCCAUCGUCAUCGUCGGUUCUGGGCUCGUUAUCAUCGGAUUGACAUGGGGUGGGAUCCGCUAUUCUUGGGCAUCAGCCCCUGUUCUGGUUCCUUUGAUCUUGGGAUUGGUGCUUUUGGUCGCAUUUUGCUUCUACGAGGCAACUGUUCCGGCUCACCCGACCAUCCCUCUGGAUGUCAUCGCCAACCGCACCUCUCUCAGCGGUCUCUUGGCCACAGCAUGUCACGGCGUCGUCAGCAUAGCACUCAUCUAUUAUCUCCCGGUGUACUUCCAGGCUUGUUUCGGCGCCUCGCCGAUCCGCUCUGCUGUCGACAUUCUUCCCGCUGCUUUGCUGAUCGCUCCGUUUGGAUUGGUCGGGGGCAUCUCAGUCAGCAUCGUCAAGCGCUAUCGAGAAGCGAAUUGGAUUGGUUGGGCUUUUACUGUUGUCGGGAUGGGUGUCUUGAGCACCCUGAAAGCGACAUCAUCCGUCGGAUCCUGGGUCGGAUUUCAAGUUGUGGUUGCUGUUGGGUUGGGACUAUUAUUCGCCGCCCCGGUGUUCGCCAUUCUCGCACCUCUCCCUCCAAGUCGUGCAGGUCCAGCCUUGGCCCUGUUUUCCUUCGUUCGAUCCUUCUUCCAGACUUGGGGAAUUGCCAUCGCCGGGACGAUCCUCCAGAACAGACUCAAUCGCGACCUUCCAGCGCCAUUCGUGUCGCAAUUCCCCCCGCAUGAGGAGAUUGCGUACAUCGCCAUCCCGGUCAUAAAGACUCUCGACGAGCCGCUCAGAGCACAGGUUCGCGGCAUAUUCGCAGAUAGUUUGGCAGAGAUUUGGCAGGUUAUGAUUGGGAUCGCUGGGCUUGGGUUGUUGGUCAGCUUGCUGAUGCGUGAGAUCCCUAUGGCGGUCGUCGUCGACACCAAGCAUGCGCUUGACGAUGGUACCAAGGAUGUGGAAAUGCAGUAGACAUAUGUAGUAAUACCUUUUAAUCACGCUUACGAUUCCGAUAAUGUCUUCGGGACUUGUAGUGAUAAUCUAGAUUUUGC